UCAUCGUUCAGUUUACAAUAAUUAAUAUCAUAUUAAAUAAAAUACAUAUUUUGUUACUCGCGUCGGUCGUUUCCAAAUUAGUUAAUGCCGGUUUGGCUUUUUUUUUACUUCAACGUUCUCUCGUUAUUAAAUCAAUAAAUGCGUUACAGUACAGUCUCUGUACUCGAAUAGUAUGUGUUGGCCAUGUAGAUACGACAAAUUAGAUCUUAUUUAGAAAUACAUUACAAAAAAAUAAAAAGAUCAUGUGCUGACUGUAAAAUUUAAUCGGUAACAAGAAAAAUGCAUACGUCAUGUGGUCACAUCAGUCUCAUUCAGGAUGGCUGUGGCGCCAUAUCGUCGGCCCAAACCACGAUAGAAUCCGCUCCUGUUUUUACAAAGAAACCGCCAAACGCGCGAAAGCCAAAUAUACCAGAGCACGAAAUAAAAAACUUCGAUAUCAUAAAAGCCAGCCAGUACGGAUUAUUAGACAGGUGUACGCAACUCGUCGAAGAAGGUUAUGACGUGAACUCGCCUGAUCCUCAAAAUAUAUAUUUAUUACACUGGGCUGCUAUCAACAACAAAGUGGACGUGAUCAAGUAUUACAUAUCCAAAGGCGCUAUUGUAGACGCCGUUGGCGGCGAUUUAAAAGCAACCCCGUUACACUGGGCUACGAGACAAGGACAUUUGGACGCCGUUGUUCUGUUGAUGGCCGAAGGGGCCGAUCCUUGUUUUUUUGACAUCGAAGGCCAUUCGUGCCUACAUAUUGCCGCUCAGUUUGGGUUUACCGCAAUUGCUGCUUACAUGAUUGCCAAAGGUGUCGAUAUUAAUUUAAGAGAUAAAGACGGAAUGACUCCUUUGAUGUGGAGUGCAUAUAAAACAUUAGGAGCCGAUCCUACUAAGUUGUUAAUAACGCUCGGCGCUUCAAUGUCCGUGCAAGACGAUAUCCAUAGAAAUACUCCCCUUCAAUGGGCUCUAGUUAGUCGAAAUCCAACGGCCAUCAGCAUUCUAGUCAAGAGAGGGUCUCCCUUAAAUAUAAGAAAUUCGGUCGGAUACACAGCGCUUCAGUGGCUAAACGAAUCUAGAUCUGAAGUUUGGAUUGGAUUGGAAACGAUGAAAAAAGUAGACGAAAAAUUGAAACCAAAGAAUUUCUUACUUAAUAAAUUAAAUGAACAAACAAUAUCCGUCUUAAUUGUUUCUACGGUUUUUUACGUCAUCGGAAGCAUAUUAGAUUCUCAUAUGAUUUACAUAGCAAAAAUAUGUUGUUUAAUUGCUGGCUACUUAAUAAUGUAUAAGUUAAACCGUGCUUACUCCGCCGUGUCGCAAACAUUACCAGUGUCAAUUUACUUUGCAACAAAAUUUUGGAUGUACGCCACGUGGAUAUUUUGGAUUUUGCCAGUCGUGGGCUUCUCUUGUUCACUCGCGUUUUUUAUCACUACGUCGUUGUUGUGUUACAAUUUCUACUACAGUUGGAGAGGUAACCCAGGAUAUGUGCCAAAUGCCAAAAGCGACCAAUACGCUACUAUCAUCGAGUUGGCUGAAAGUUUUGGAUUUCGUUCAGACGUAUUUUGCAGUACAUGUUUGAUAAAAAAGCCCAUACGAUCAAAACAUUGCAGUAUAUGUAACAGGUGUGUAGCCAAAUUCGACCAUCAUUGUCCAUGGGUUAACAAUUGUAUCGGAGUGUUAAACCAUCGGUAUUUCAUUGGUUAUAUUUUAUCCCUACUUACGGCCUGCGGAUUCAUCACGUACGGCUGUGUGAGUUACUUGAAAUUAGUGUACUAUUUUAACGAGCGCUCCGAUUACGACAAUACGUUUGUCGUUAUCUGGGAAAUGCUCAAACUGGACUCGUGGAUCGGGUGGAUUAUGGUGAACGCCAUUUUGCAUGCUGUAUGGGUAGCGAUACUGUUUUGCUGUCAAAUGUAUCAAAUAGUUUGGCUCGGCAUGACCACCAAUGAACGAAUAAACGCGUCACGUUACGAACACUUUGUUGCCCACGGAAGGAGCUAUAAAAGCCCGUACAACCGUGGAAAACUGCAAAACCUUAUAGACUUUGUGCAGUUUCGAUGGUUAAUACAUGUUAAAUGUUUGAACGAACAGGUUUGGUUUAAGUAUUGUGAUUUUCAACUCUUUGUGGAAAGAGAAUUCAAAAUAUACAAUAAAACCAAUUGUGAACACGUCUAAUAACCAGAUAAGACGAGAUUGUUUUUUUUUUAAAUUAAAUAUUAUCGUAAUAUUAAGUAUGUCAAUUUUUUCGCGAUAUAAAAUUAUAUUUUGACGUUUACGUAUAUUGUAUCCACGUGUAUGUAGAUAGAUUUUGUUUAAUAUAUUUUUAACAUAACAAUA